AACAAUACAAUAGCGAUUGUUUUAAGAAACGAUAAAUUAAAAGUAACGAUGAUAUAAACCGGUUAAUUUCUGUAUAUAUAUAGACGUUUUAUUAUUAACAAACACGCAAACAUUUUUUCAUCUUGAACAAGAAUAACCAUGAAGCUAACUAUUGUGACCAUAAUUUGUCUUGUGCUGCUAUGUGUUUUGUCGGAGGCACGGGGUAAAAGAUGCAAAAAAUGUCCACAGUAUGAUACAAAUCAAAAGAAGUUAUGCCGGGCUACUUUCGCAACAAAAGGAAUAAUAAAAAGCCAGAGACGCGUGGGCGAUAAAAUUGAAUACACAGUUGAGCCGAAUUAUAAUUUUAUAAUCAAGCUUCCAAGUAUUGUUAAAAUUCUUUCUCCGACAAAUUCAUGUGGAGUGUUCUUAUCGACAGGAUAUGAAUAUUUUUUUUCUGGCAUAAAAUCACGAUAUGGAAAUACUUACGAAACACACAACUGCUUUUGGAAUGAUCAAUGGCUUGAUAUUCCAGCAAAUACGCAAACAGAACUCACAAAUGGAAAAAUGUAUGCAAGAUGUAGUUCAUAAACCGACAUUUAAAUGUUAUCAGCAUGUCUAUUUGAUUACAAUAGUAAUAAGUUUUAUAUGCAAAAUAAAUGAAUUAUAAACAGUA